AUGAACGCAAUUGCAAGCCUGCCCUGUGCCAAAAACUCACAGACGAGAGGUAAGUCCAUAGGUUGUGCUGCCUUUGGCCUCAAACAGCGUCAGAAACGUGGUCUUCAACUUCAACAAGUCGGCGAUGAUCCUUUCCCACCCCUGCCAACAACUGGCAUCACUUUUCUUUGUCCCUGUGAAAACAUCUCGAACAAUAAUGGUUUUUCUGCUGGGUCUUUCUUAUCUGUACUACUACAUUCUGCAGAUUUUCCACCCAUAACAAAGAAUGGUAAUUGCAAUAAAUUGACACCAGUUAAUGAUUCUGGUUUAGUUACGGUUCUCGAGGAGAAGGAUCUUAAUUUUGUCUUCAACCAUCUCAAAGAACUUCACAGCUGGGCUGACAAAAGUUUGAUCGAGGAUAUCAUGGCCUCUAUGAAUAAUGAUAUUGAUAAGGCCACAACUUUGUUAGAAGAGAUGAUUUCUACUGAAGGAGGAAAAGAGAUUGCUUUGUUAGGACAGACCUCAAACCUUGCUGAAGACAUAGCUGAUCUAAGCUCUACUCUUGAGGGUACUUCCAAAGGUAAUCACAAACAAUUGAUGGAUGUGCAUACUGCCUAUGGACAUAGGCUCUCCAAGGCUGCUGCUGCAUACAAGAAACCAAUUCAGGGGCACUUGAGGUCUUUGCCUAUUGAGCCUGAGUGGGAAGAUCUGUCACACCUUACCCCUCUGUAA